CCAGCAUAUAAUUCAAGUCAAAAGUGCAAGAUGGCUACCACACCUCAAUACAAGUACAAAUAUUGGACCGUCCAAUUUCCUCGCGAGCAUGUUGCCCAUGUAGAAAUCAAUCGCCCCGAUAAGCUCAAUGCUUUCAUUCAACAAAUGUGGCUUGAAAUGCGACAACUCUUUGACCAACUCUCAGUGGAUCCUCGCGUCCGCGCUAUCGUCCUGACAGGCGCCGGCGAUCGAGCCUUCACCGCCGGUCUCGAUGUAAAAGCAGCAUCUACUGAGAUAUUUGGUGACAAGGGCGGGGCCGACACCGCGCGCAAGGCAAUCAUUCUGCGCCGAUAUGUCCUCGCCUUCCAGGACUGCCUCACGGCCAUUGAGCGCUGUGAAAAGACGGUCAUCUGCGCGAUGCACGGGUUCGCCUACGGGUUCGCCAUCGACAUCUCCUCCGCGACCGACAUCCGCAUCUGCACGCAGGACGUGCAGUUUGCCGUCAAAGAGGUCGAUAUUGGAAUGGCGGCGGAUAUUGGCGUCUUGAGCCGCUUGCCAAAGAUUGUCGGCAGUUAUGGCUGGGUGAAGGAGGUGGCUAUCUCGGCACGAAUCUUUGGUGCGGAUGAGGCCCUGCGAGUGGGCUUUGUGAACGCAAUCCACAGCUCUAAAGCUGCGGCAGUACAGGCUGCUCUUGACCUGGCCGGGUUGAUUGCGCAGAAGAGUCCUGUGGCAGUGUUGGGUACGAAGGAGUUGCUCAACUAUUCACGGGAUCAUUCUAUCAAUGACGGACUCCGUUACACCGCAGUCUGGAACAGUGGUGCCAUCCAAACAGACGACGUUCCCGCUGCUUUAACGUCGAGCAUGGAGAAGCGGGUCCCUACGUUUGAAAAAUUGUGA